UCUCCCCCAAACCACGGGAACAAAACAACAAACUGGGCAGCCUGCCUUUAAGAGGCAUGGAAGGCAGGCAUGUUGAGGACCAUGGUGCUCUCCAUUUUCUUGCUCCUCUUAAUUCUCACUGGCCUUCUGUUACUCUGGGCCUGGGAACGCCCCACCUCCAGGAGCCACCUCCCACCUGGACCCCCGCCACUGCCCUUCCUGGGGAACAUUUUACUAGUAGGCCACAAAGUCCUUCUCAAGUCCUUCCAGAAGCUGCGGGAGAAAUAUGGGGGUGUGUUCACCCUCUACUUGUGGCCUCGGCCAGCUGUCAUCCUGUUCGGGUUUGAGGCAAUUUGGGAGGCCCUGGUGGACGAGGCCAAGGCUUUCUUAGGCUGAGGGCAUAUCUCCAUCCUUGAACCCAUCUUCCAGGAAACAGGUGAGAUGGCCUUCGCCAAUGGAAAGCCUUGGAAAGUCCUUCAACUAUUCUCUGUGGCUACCAUGAAGGACUUUGGGAUGGGGAUACAGAGCAUCGAGAAGCAGAUCAGGGAGGAGGCAAAGUGUCUGGUAGAGGAGCUGCAGAAGACCCAGGGUGAGGGCCUAUCUGGACCCACUGUCCUCUUUCACUCCAUCACAGCCAACAUCAUCUGUUCCAUCAUCUUUGGUGAGCGCUUUCAUUACCAGGACCCCAAGUUCUUACGACUGCUACAUUUAUUGAGCAAUGCCUUUGCCCUCCUCAGCUCUUUCUACAGCCAGGUGUUUGAGCUCUUCUCUGCCAUUUUGAAACACUUUCCUGGCACCCACAAACUUUUGUACAGCAUCAUUGAAGAACUGAAUGAUUUUAUCACAGAGAACAUCAAGAAGAACCAGAAAUCCCUGGGCCUCAGUCCCCCCCAUGACUUCAUUGAUUCCUUCUUGCUCUGCAUGGACAAGGAAUGCUCCAUUCUUAAGAGUGAGUUCCACCAUAAGAAUCUCGUCCACACCGUCCUCUCACUCUUCUUAGCUGGCACUGAGACCUGCAGCACCACCCUGUGCCAUGGGCUUCUACUCCUUGUCAAGAACCCUGACGUCUUAGAGAAGGUCCACGCAGAGAUCAACAGGGUGCUUGGCCCACACUGCCUCCCAGCCCUUGAAGACAGGGACAAAAUUUCUUACACAAAUGCCGUCAUCCAUGAGAUUCACAGAUACAGUGACCUCACCCCCAUUGGCAUCUACCACUGUGUCCUCAGGGACACCCAUUUCCCUAAGGGCACUACCACGUACGCUGUCAUGAGUUCCGUCCUCCCUGACCAAAGGCACUUUGAGAAACCAGACGCCUUCCACCCUGGCCACUUCCUGGAUGGGGACGGCAACUUCAGGAAGCAGGAAUCCUUCAUCCCAUUCUCUGUGGGUAAGCUCUGUCCUUCCCCACAAGGAACAAGCUUAGAGCAGCUGGCCCCUGAGCGCUCAGUCUCCGGGCCCCUGGGGCCUCUGGGCUGUGCAUCCUCACCCCCAGCCCCUUUUCUACACACCAUGCUGGACUUGGAGGAAUUUGUACCCCCUGUGCCCCCACCACCCUACUAUCCCCUGGAGUAUACCUGCAGCUCAGAAACAGAUGCACAGAGCAUCACCUACAAUGGAUCCAUGGACAGCCCAGCGCCCUUGUACCCUACUGAUUGCCCGCCUUCCUAUGAGGCUGUCAUGGGGUUACGAGGAGACAGCCAGGUGAGAGUCGGGCUGGGAAGCUGGGUGGAGCCUGGAAAGCUGAGUGGGCUGCAGUAG